CCUGGCUAUUCAUCUCCCCUGGAAGCUAUGCAAUAUGGGCCUAGAGAAAAAAUUGUGUAUGUGCCUUGCGUUCAACCUGCUCAAGCUCGCAAUACUAAACCAGACUUUUUGGCAACUGUUGAUAUUGAUCCUGACAGCCCCACUUUCUGCAAGGUAAUACAUCGCCUGCCAAUGCCUUACCUAGGUGAUGAGCUACAUCACUCAGGAUGGAAUGUUUGUAGCAGCUGUCAUGAAGAUUCAACGAAAUGUAGAGACAAGCUGAUUUUGCCAUCACUGGGCAGUUCAAGGAUAUAUGUUGUUGAUGUUGGAAUCAAUGAGAGAGCACCUCGAUUGCACAAGGUUAUAGAUCCUCAAGACUUAAGUCAACUAGACGUUACUGCUCUACAUACAACACAUUGCCUUCCAACUGGAGAAAUAAUGAUAUCUACAUUGGGUGACAACUGUGAUGAAGCAAAAGGAAAUUUUCUUCUUCUUGAUGCUGAAUCUUUUGAAAUUAAGAAACUGUGGGCUAGUAAGGAGGAUGAAACACCAUUUGGUUAUGAUUUCUGGUAUCAGCCAUUCCAUGAUGUAUUGGUUUCAUCAGAAUGGGCAGCACCAAAAGCAUUCAAGUAUGGAUUUAAACCCGAAGAUGGAAUGAAUCCAGCAGAUUUAGAAGGAUCUAUUUAUGGAAAUCACUUAAACUUCUUCUCAUGGAGCACACACAAGAAAAUCCAGAGUAUUGAUCUUGGAAAGGAAGGAAUUGCUCCACUAGAAGUGCGUUUCUUGCAUAACCCACGUAGCGAUACUGGAUAUGUUGGCUGUGCUCUUGGCUCAACAGUUUUCCGAUUUAACAAAAAGGUUGAUGGUACUUGGACAGCUGAAAAGGUUAUCAGUGUACCCUGCAAGAAAGUUGAAGGGUGGCUAUUGCCAGUAAUGCCAGGUCUGGUGACUGACAUCAUUAUAUCAUUAGAUGACCAUUACUUGUACUUCUGUAACUGGCUUCAUGGAGAUAUACGUCAGUUUGACAUUACAAAUGCAGCUCAUCCAAAGCUUGUUGGACAAAUUUUCCUGGGAGGCAGUAUUGUGAAAGGUGGACCUGUUAAAGUAACCGAAGAUUCUGAAUUAACGGAACAGCCUGAUCCACUGUGUGUAAGAGGAAAAAGGCUGUAUGGUUCACCACAAAUGCUGCAACUUAGUCUGGAUGGAAAACGCUUGUACGUUACUUCCUCGCUGCACAGUGCUUGGGAUCAACAGUUCUACCCUGAGAUGGUCAAACAUGGUUCAUACAUGCUGAAGCUGAAUGUAAAUACAGAGAAAGGGGGACUCACUCUGGAUGAAGACUUUCUUGUGGAGUUCAGAGAUGAGACAGGUGGUCCUGUUAGUGCACAUGAGAUUCGGUAUCCUGGUGGUGACUGUACGUCAGACAUUUGGCUGGUAUGUGACGAAGUAGCUGCAAAUCCCUAAUGAAACAAAUGAUGUACUAACAAGGCGUUCACAAAAUUUAGGGGAAUUGCCUGUGUGGUAGUUUGUCGCUUGCCUGGUUUAAUCACACCAUGUUUGGAAAACUGCACCUCAUCGCAGAAACAAUUUUUAAGUCGAAU